AUGAACACAACCAGCAAAACAUUAUGGCCAUUAGUGGCAGCGGUUGGACUCGGUGUUAGUUUCGUUGGUUAUUGUGUGUAUUUUGAUCGAAAACGACGAAAUGCUCCUGACUUUUCCGAAAAGUUGAAAGCCAAACGAAGAAAACAGAAACAAACGGUUGAUAUAUCACAAAGUCAUGUCAAUACCAGUGAUCCCGAUGAAAUGCGUCGAUAUUUUCUUGAACAAAUCCAACAAGGCGAAGAUUGUCUAUCUCGUGGCGAUCUUAACAACGGUGUUGAUCAUUUAGCUAAAGCUGUAGCUGUUUGCAGUCAACCUCAAAAUCUAAUGGCCCUAUUCCAGCAAACAUUACCGCCUGAAUUAUUCCAGGAAAUUAUCAUACGCCUACCUCGCAUCGCUCAAACCAUGAAUAGUUCCUCGAUGGGUGGCGGUGCAAUCAUAACUGAACCAGACUUAGAAUAG